AUCUGGUGCCUUUGUAUUAUUUUUAGUUGGUAGAAAUAAUUUUUCUUUUCUUUUUUUUCUUUCGCGUUUCGACAACACUCCGAUUAUUUAUUGUUCUCGCCACUACCCACUACAUACAAGCGGUUUCCGCUCAUGCUCCUGUUACACCAAUGUGUGUUAUGUUGUUCGAUAUUGCGAACCUUGUGAAGCUUUUAUGUCGCGACAUAUCGUUCUUCUCGCAGAGAAAUAAAGCGCGUAUUUACGUAUACACGAGCAAGUAUGCAUUCGUUUAUGAAACCUUUCCUCGCGUAUCUAUUACGAUCUCGAGAUAAACAUAACCCUUAAAUUCGUUUACGCAAUGUAUUCAAGUUGCGAACGAGCGAUGUAGUUAAAUUUAUCGAUCUGUCCGGAACAAAAUAACAAUAAAUAAUUCUUUAAAAUCAUUCUCUUGGAUAAUUGGAACGACCGUAUUUUAACAGACAACAUUGUUAAUCAUAAUGUUUUUAAUGAUGUUAUUUCGCGUUAAUAUACAUUGCCUGCAAGAGCAAUUAAAAUGUUGACCAUGCUACUUAUAUAAAUAAAAUAUAUUUGCCAUGAUUAUGACAAUAGUGAUAAUGUUUCAUUGAGCUAUUCUCAAAAAUGUCAUUUAUCAGUGAAUUGCAUAAUUAUGAGGAAUGUAUAUCUGAUGGGAUGAUUGCAACAAUCAACUUUCAAGAUAAAAAAUUGGAACAAUGCACAAUGAAAAAAGAACAUAUUGAAGAAAAUCUGGUUGUAAGUGAAGAGAUAGUUGUGGAUACAAAUGGAUAUCUGCCAGAUAAAAUUGAAUGUAAGAUAGAUUCACCUAUAUAUUUUGAAGAGAAUCUGGAAAUACACGACAAUACAGCUGUAGAUUACAAGGAAUCUAUUGUUUCUGUUCCCUUGACAGAAAGUUUGAUGGAUGAGAAAUGGGACUGCGAGCCAAUUGCUGAACCAUCUUGGAGGGAGAUCAAGAUGGAAGAGCAAGAGAGCGACGAGGAAACAAUUGCUACUUUUGUCACUGCAGCAGGACAACAAUUGGCUCUCUAUGCUGUGGAAGAUUCGGAUGAGAUAUUUGCCGUGGCUGUUUAUGAUGAAUCUGGCGAGCCUCCGAGUAAUUUCCAAUUUCUCAUGAAAGCAGAUGUAGAGCGACUAAUAGGUGAAGGAGCCGUGCGAACAGUGAAAAAACCGUCGCAAAUGAAGAAACGACUGAUAACUACUCAGCCGCCGGUAUUUUAUCGCAAGGAGGAUUUCGAAGAAGUUAACGAGCAAGCGAAUGAUAGGAUGUUUACUCACGAUACGUCAAUCGAGAGCAGCGAAAAGAACCUUGUGCAGGAAGGAGAUUGUGGAAUAGUACACAAUUAUAAAACCUGUCAGAAAUAUAAAGAUUCUGUUAAGAUUAAUUCAACGUCUAGUGAUGGGAACCACAUCACUGAUGAUGAGCAAUCGAAUAUCACGUAUUUUAUGAUGAAUAACAAUUCCGUAAAUAUCGCCAAGCAAUCUGUUGAGAAUCAAGAUAAUGGCGAAUACAAGGAUGAACUGAUGGAACGUUCGACCGUGCAAUAUAUUUUUUUAGAGGGCGACCAUCAAUCAGACUCGGAACUGACAUUUGACGAGAUUCAGGCGACAUUGCAGAAUCUGAAGACCUCUCGCGAAAAGGCAUCUGACAGAGGCGAAAAAAAUUCUGGCAAAUUGCAAGACGAUGAAUCGUUAAACUUCCCGCAGGACUUUUUACACGAUUCCUCGACGAGCAUCGAGCCAUCGAAUGAAGACAUGGAUGAAUUAGACUUGUAUAUGUCACCGAUCAACCGUGUUUCUGUCACGGAGGAGGAUCGGCAGCAGUUGAUCGAUACGUUAACCGAUUCGCCGCCAUCGACGAUGAUGACAGCGAGCAUUCCGCAACCACAACUGAAGGUGAAGCGAUCGCGGAAGCAACAAUUGAUCUCUGUAAACCGGGACGACGGUGAGAUCAUCAUCCAGCCAGCUUCAAUGUUGAGCGAGGAAGAGCUGACCAACAAGAAACGCGGUAGGCGGCGACGUCGAUUAUCGACACAGAUGCGCGUCACUAUGCCCAACACGAAGAGGAUUAAACGAACGAAACGAAGAGAGGUCGUUGAAGUGAUCGAUUUGGAUGCCGACGAGGAAGAGAAACAGCCAAAGCGCAACGUGGUAGAAAUCAUCUUAGACGACAGCAAAGACAAGUAUUCCAGUGACAAGGAAAACGAGAUUAUCAUGGUGAGAGAUUCGGACUCUGACAACGGCGAUGACGAAGAGGAGGAAGAGGAGGAUGAUGAUGACGAAGAAUCCGCCGAUGAUUUGACAAAGCUCAACGACAUGUUGCGGUGCGAACAUUGUUCCAAGAAUUUUCGACAGCAACGUGCCUUCAACACACACCUUAGAAUUUGCCAAAAAUCGCGGGCGAAUGCUCUCAGACUCAAUGAGAGAAAGACCAAAGGCAAGAAAGCAAAUCAGAAGGUCAGGAAGCAAUACGCCUGUAAAAUAUGUCAAGAGAAAUUCGAUGUAGUUGUGGCCUUGGCGCGUCACGUUCGCGCAGCGCAUUCGCAGAGAAAAAAGCACAGAACCCAAGACAAAUCUUGGAGAUCGAUUCAACGGAAGGAAGCAACUUCAACAGAAGAAGAGGAGGAACUAAGUGACAAUGACGACACACCGAAAAGCGAUCUCAGUAUGCUGGCCAGAGUGAAGAGAAAACGAAAGCAAAGAGGCAAUUCCUCAUGGGAAACGAAAAAGCUUUAUUGCACGGAUUGCGGACGGUGGUUCCCAAGUUCCGCUUUAUUGGAUGCGCACAGUUUGCAGCAUGGCACUAAGAAGUCUGAGCAACUGCGCAGGUGUCAUGUCUGCAAGAAGCUGAUAAAGUCUAGAAUGCUGUUCUUGCAGCAUUUGAAAGUGCAUAAUGACACGCCGAGAAUGUUGCGGCGGAGAUUACGCGCCCGCCCGAAUGCGCGUAAGAUCGCAUCUCCUCGAAAAAGAGGUCGACCGCGAAAGUUCUGAUCUUUCUCUCAUCGCGCAAACGACAUGUAUAAUACUGUACUUGUAUCACCGCUCGGAACUUUUUGACCCGUUAUUUUAUUCCUCUUUCUUUUUUUUUAAACAAUUUUCAAGACGGACGUCAUCUUCGAACGACAUUAGGGUAGCUGCAUUAGCAUUCGGAUGUAUUAUAAAUAGCGAGUCAUAUUGCAACGUUACAUAUCCCUUUGUCGCGUAUAUCGUCCGUUUGAAAAUCGCUUGUCAAAAGGAUCGAAAUCUAUUUUAACAAUUUUGAAAUUUUUUUAUUGAUUAUGGUUAAUGGAAAUUUUUUAUUAAAUUAAACAUUUCACACAAUUAUAUUUCGCAAUAUGGAGAAAUUAAAAUCAGAUUUUUUUUUACAAAAAAUUUAAUUGAGAACGGAAAUUUUAACAUUCCGAAAUCUCUUGUUGUCGAAAAAAUGAGAGAUUCUAGUUUCAAUUUUAUUCUUAUCAAAAUAAUUGUAUUAUUGGCAAUGUAAUUGAAAACAAAAUUUCUAAUGCAUAUCUGUAAAAUAAAAAUAAUUAAAUUUCGAUUUUUUAAAAGCUUUUCUAAUUGCAACCCAUUGUUUUAAGAGAUUUCAUUGAUCGGUAUCGUAAUUGGCAGCGGCGGAUUUUUGUAAAUAAAACGAUUCUAUAGAUUCGUUACAUGAACUCUUUAUCAGCGCGAUCUAACUUGUGUGUGUAUACAUAUACAUAUAUAUGUAUAUUAAUUAUUACAAUAAGAGAGAUACGCUGGUAAUAAGAAAACGCAACGUCGUGUAUAAACAUUGUAAUACAUUAUUCAUUGUAUGCGCCUCUAUUAUUUUGUCGAACACAAUAAUAAAAUGGUAAAAAUAAGA